AUGGACCCACCGUGGAGCGCUUUGCUCUUUGCGAUACUGGCUGGCAGCAUCAUCUGUGCUAACGACAAGCAGCUCGCCUACUGGAGCUUUCGCAAGGUGGACGUUGCGAAGCAGGCCACCCGAUGGUACAACGCCACGGUGAAGUGUCUCGAAGCAGCGGACUUCACUGCCAAAUACAGCCUCAAGUCUGUCCAGGCUAUAGCCACCCUGACGGUGUCGGCUCAUACGCUCGGGCUUUCGAGCAAGCAAGCUGUCCUACUGGCUUGUGCCACAAAGAUCGCACAGUCUCUCGGCAUUCACAGACUUAGCCUCGAGCCUUCCACGGACACCAUCACAUCUCGUUCGCGCGAUGAUGAUAGGAAGGAGGUGCUCGAGCGUGAGACAUGUCGGAGGCUCUGGUCACAGUUGUGUGCUCAGGAUUGGUUCAGCGCACCUAGUAAUGAUGGUUACAGCAUCAACCCACUGUUCUCGACCAGUAUAAAGCCUGCUAACAGAGAUUUCAUCACCAUGGAAAUUGUGCCGGACCAUAUUCCGACGUAUGUGAGUUAUGGGAAUUAUCUGUAUGAUAUUGCACGUCUGCUGGCCGGUCUCCAGGAAGCCCUCGCAUUGUCACAUACUUUGCUGAGCCGGUACGAGCGUGUUAUCGAGUUCGAUGCAGAGAUGAGAGAUCUGGCAACGAAACAGCGGCCCAUCUACUUCAACGUGACAGAGCCUGUCGAUCCGGAUUGGCAAGAUUUCGUGCCUUGGGCUCGACGCAGCCUAACAAUAUGUUUCUCCCACAAGAUCAUCAUGAUCCACCGGCAAUUCCUUGGUCGAAGCUUCACCAAUCCUACAUUUGCCUUUAGCAGACAGACCUGCACAGCCGCCGCGAAGACCAUUAUCAACGAAGCGAAACAGGACAACGCGGAUGGGGGACCGAUCAUAUGGAUUGAUCAAGCUUUCUGUGCUUCUGCUGCUAUCGUUCUAGUACUUGAUGCAAAGCACCAGGAACUGCAGAACGUCCGCAAAGCCCAUCUCGAUCUGGUACGCGACUGCAUAAGCUAUCUCAGUCGAUUCACUCAUAGCGUCAUAUCGACAAAGGGUGUACGGCUCUUGAGUCUCAUGCUUGCAAUUGUCACUGCUCAAGAUAUAGGCGUCGUAGCCGACCGAAUCUCGGCGGAGGGGUCUGAUCAUGGUCUGAUAAGCACUGCAAGGGCCAUGGAUCCAGCCCUUGCUGUGGAACAACUAAGAGCCGAGCUAAGUCUUGACGAAGUGUUCCCCGCCCACACUGGCUUUCCAAACGCAUUCAUACUGGAAGAGUUCUUUGGCUAG